AGGCAAGUAAUUGAUAUGGAUUGCCAAUUGAAUCAGAAUCCAUCCACGUUGAUGGAAGUGCUUACCUUGCGUCCUUCAAGUCUUGGCGUCUUCUUCUCUUCAAUUCUCUGUCGUAAUUCCUCCUCAUCUGCUAAACGUAGUCGUCAAUCAAAAGUAAUAUUUAGGAAACCCAAGCCAACUCCACUUCUAACUCAACCCAAACCCAAGACGAAACUUGAAGCCCUCAACAAAGUUGUUGUAGAACUAGAAAAAUCAUUCGAUAAUGGCAUAAGAUUCGAUCCUGAUAUCUUCGCUUCCCUUCUCGAAACAUGCUUCCAAUUGCAAGCUUUCACUCUUUGCUCUCGCAUUCACCGCCUCAUUCCAGAAAAGCUUCUCAAAAGAAACGUGGGUCUCUCAUCCAAAAUGCUCAGACUUUAUGCAGCCGAUGGACAGCUGGAAGUUGCACACCAACUGUUCGAUAAAAUGUUCGAACGAAAUGUCUCGCCUUUCCCGUGGAAUUCACUUAUCUCGGGCUAUUCUGAGCAGGGUUUGUAUAACGAUGCAUUGGCUCUUUACUUUCAGAUGGUAGAAGAGGGAGUUGAACCGGAUCGGUUUACUUUUCCUAGAGUUUUGAAAGCUUGCAGUGGAAUUGGCUCGAUUCAUGCUGGUGAAGAAGUUCAUCGGCAUAUUGUCCGUACUGGAUUUUUCAGAGAUGAAUUCGUGCAAAAUGCUCUUAUAGACAUGUAUGCAAAAUGUGGUGAUAUUGUGAAGGCGCGAGCCGUUUUUGAUAAAAUGACGUCUCACGACAACGUUUCUUGGAAUUCAAUGAUCACUGGUUAUAUUCAUCACGGUCUUUUAACAGAGGCAUUGAAUGUCUUCCGCGAGAGUUUAUCAUUUGGGUAUGAACCAGAUUCAGUUGCCAUAUCUGCUAUUCUAACAGGGAUGCCGUCUCUAAAAUUGGGAGCCCAAGUCCACGGAUGGGUUAUCAGACGAGGAAUCGUAUGGGAAUUAUCAGUGGCGAAUUGUUUAAUCUUUUGGUAUUCUAAAAUGGGGAAGAUAGUUAACGUCCGCACCCUGUUCGACAAAAUGCCAGAAAAAGAUGUAGUGUCAUGGAAUUCCAUAAUUUCAGCUCACUAUAAGCACACAAAAGCUCUUGAUUACUUCGAGAUGAUGGAAGACAACAAUGUUAUUCCAGAUAGCAUAACGUUUGUGUCAUUGCUGUCAGUUUGUGCUCAAAUGGGUUUGGUUAAGAAAGGAGAAGAGUUGUUUUUAAAGAUGAAACAGAGAUAUAAAUUAGAGCCAAUCAUGGAACAUUAUGCGUGCAUGGUAAAUCUGUAUGGAAGAGCUGGUCUGAUUAAUGAGGCUUACAAAGUAAUAACAAAAGAAAUGGAGUUUGAUGCUGGUCCAACUGUAUGGGGUGCAUUGUUAUAUGCUUGUUCUGUUCAUGGUAAUGUAGAAAUUGGAGAAGUUUCAGGCAUGAAACUAUUUGAGUUGGAGCCAGAUAACGAGCAUAAUUUUGAGCUUUUGAUGAAGAUCUAUGGCGAGGCGGGUAGAUUGGAGGAUGUGGAGAGAGUGAAAAGAAUGAUGGAGGAAAGAGGAUUAUGUUAGUGAACUUAUGUAUAUAGAUGAUUACCACAAAAGAAAACUUAUGUCAGGUUACUCAGGUAUGUAUGAAAAAAAGUUUUAAAUUUGAAUUAAUUAAAAAAAAUGUUCAUUCUUGAUGCAAUGUUUGCAAUAACAACUAUCUUUGGGAGGCUAACACUUCACUUCAAUCCUGAGGCUAUUAUUGUUAGUUAAUUAAUUUGUAUAAAUUGGUAAAUUAGUGUGUUUAAUAAACUAAGGUGGACAAACACAAUAGAAUAGAACAUAAUGUUAGUAUCUUAUGUCCUCCAUUUUGAGUUUAAGACGUUUUAAUAGGAAAUCUAAUCUAUGAUAUUUGGUCUCUUAGACACGACUCUUUACACUUAAAUUAAACCAAUCGGUUACUGAGUUAAUUUGUAUUGAUUAUUAUUAUGUCAUGAUCAUGUGAUACCAAUGUAAACACGUUUGUCAUACCAAACUAUGUGCAUAAUGAUUUGCUUUGGCAUAAAUUUGUUAUUUGGUUUUCCAUA